GGCAGGCUGUAGGGGGGCAGGCUGUAGGGGCAGGCUGUGGAGGGGGGUGUUGUUGGCUGGCUGAUUGGCAGUCUGGCUGUCUGUCUACAGCGCCGGCUGUGGCUGCUGAGCGAGCCUGUGGGGUUUGGGUGAGGCUAUAGAGAGACGGCUGUCGCUGUGCCCGCUGUAAUCGGAGCGAAGGACGCGUGACGAAGGGAUAAUAGCACGCAGGCAGGAGUAGGGAGAGAAGCCUCUCGCCUCGGGGAUGCCUCGGACCUGACCCCCCCCCACCACCCUCUCAACUCCACUCCUCCACUCCUUACCCCCACGCGGACUCCAGCGAGGGGGUCUGCGGGCUCCAUUGAGGGGGGUGGAUGCUGAUGGUGAUUGGUCAGGGGCCCAGGGCCCCCCCUUUCCUCACCACGCUGCUGGUGCUCACCACGCUGCUGCUACUGGCAGCCUUCACUGUGGAGGCUCGGGGGGGGCUCCGAGUGGGGGGCUCCCGAUCUUCGCGUGACUACCGGCGGCAGACGCGAGCGGAGCCGGGAGGGGCUCCCGUCCCCUCCCCCAACAACUCUACCCAGGAGCCCCACCAGGGGCCCACCAGCGGGGGGCAGGGCCCUCCCCCCGCUGGUGGAGGAACCCCCCCUAAUGGGGGUCCCGUGGAGCCCGGCCCCGCGGGGGGCGCCACGGCUGUCCCCUCGGAGGCGCGCGGCGGGGGCCCAAACGGCACGGCGGGGCCCCCCGUCGCCACCGGCGAGCCCCCCACGAGUAGCGACGGUGACGGGAGGCAAGUGAAGCGCUUGGUACUGGAGCUGCCCAGCCUCGUGGAGGUGACGCUGCCAAUAAACGACAUCUGGAUCAACGUGACGGCCUCACCUCCUCCUCCUCCAGGCUACACGUACGACUUCGUGUGGACUCUCAUGAGUCACCCAGCGGAGCUCAGUGGACUCAUCGAAGGGGAGCACACGAACACGCUCCGUCUCUCCCAGCUGUCGGCCGGGAAGUACGUGUUCCGGAUCACGGUGACGGGACCGCUCGAGUUCGGAGAGGCGUUCAGCAACGUGACCAUAAACCCCGCCCCCCGCGUGAACCAGCCCCCCGUGGCUGUGGCUCUGCCCCGUUCGCAGGAGCUCACUCUACCCGCAGCCUCCACCUUCAUCGACGGCAGCCAGAGCCAGGACGACGAUGGCAUUGCGAGCUACCACUGGGAGCAGGUGCGGGGGCCCACGCGGGAGUCGGGUGGUGCCAGGGACACUGCCGUGCUGGGCCUCAACAACCUGGUGCCCGGAUCCUACGCCUUUCGGUUGACUGUGGUUGACACGGACGGAGUGAGUGACUCCACGGAGGCGAAUGUGACGGUGACGCGCCCUGUUGACCGACCUCCAGUGGCCGACGCGGGACCCACCCAGGUGCUGACCCUACCGCAGAGUGAGCUGACUCUGAACGGCAACCAGAGCGCCGACGACCACGCCAUCACCACGUACGAGUGGGCCAUCAGCCCCGGCAGCCAGAUCAAGGUGGUGAACAUGCAGGGAGUGCGCACGCCGUACCUGCACCUGUCGGCGCUGCAGGAGGGCGAGUACGUGUUUCAGCUCACGGUGGCCGACGUGGCGGGCCAGCACGACACGGCGCAGGUCAGCGUCAUCGUGCAGCCAGAGGUGAACCUGCCCCCCGUGGCUGACGCGGGGCCCGACAAGGAGCUGACUGCGCCGUCGGCCGACACGACGCUCGACGGCUCGCGGAGCCACGACGACCGUGGCAUCGUGGGAUACCUGUGGGAGAAAACCAGUGGGCCCGACGGCGCCCGACUGACGGGCGUGGACAGGCCGGAGCUGCGCAUAGCCGGGCUGGGCGUCGGGGUCUACGGCUUCCGCCUGACGGUGCGCGACGCCAAGGGGCUGGUGGCGAGCGACGUGGUGAGCGUCACGGUCCGUCAGGAGGUGAACGAGCGGCCGGUGUCGAGGGCGGGGGGCGCCGUGACGGUGACUCUGCCCGCGGGGGUCGUGAGACUCAACGGCUCGCUCUCGUCCGACGACCAGGGCAUCGUGAGCUUCCGCUGGCAGCGCGACGAGGCCAGCCCAGCUGCCGGGGAGGUGCUGGAGGGCUCGGACUCGCGGGCUGUCCUGCUGCUGAGUAACGUGGUGGAGGGGAGCUACCAGUUCCACCUCACGGUGACGGACGCGCGUGGCCUCUCCCACACGGACACCGCACACUUGGAGGUCCAGCAAGACCCCCUGCGGGACGCUCUGGUGGAGCUGGUGCUGGAGGUGGAAGCUCCUCAGCUUCUGGAGCGGCACAUGCAGCUGCUGAAGCGCAAGCUGGCGCUGCUGCUGGGCCUACAGGACCAGCUCGUGCAUGUGCAUGCCGUGCGCAGCCUCGCCGACGACAGCACGGCCGUGAUUCUGCACGCAGAGCGACUAGGAGAGGGAGGUGGGGCUCUGCCCGGCCUGAACGUGUCGCGCUCGCUGCGCCGCCGGCUCGCCGGUUCCGGCGGGGAGCUGCUGCCCUUCGCCAUGCUGAGGGUGGACACCCAGAGGUGCCAGCUUCCGUGCUCGGGACACGGGCACUGUGACGGCCUGACACGCUCGUGCCACUGCCAGCCGUUCUGGAUGGAGGAUCCCAUCCGCAGUCACCUGGGGGACGGAGAGAGCAACUGUGACUGGAGCGUGCUGUACGUGGGGCUGGCGCUGCUCGGGGUGACGCUGGCACUCGGCGCGGCCGUCUGGCUGCUGGUUUACUGCUGCCGGCGCUGCAGUGUGUGUGUGCGUGGGAGGAGCAGGGGCGCCAGCGUCCGGCGGUCGCGGUACCGCGUGCUCGGCAGCCCGGAGGAGCGAGACUCCCUCGAGCUGCGGUCCCGCGGCAAGCGCUGCACGCCGGGUGGACGCCACAAAGCGAUGAGCAUCUCUUCCCCGGGACCCCGGCACCGCCAGUCGGACUCGGACAGUGACCGCGACUCGAUGGGGGGAUCCGGCCUCGUGGGUCGCGCCCCCCACGGCCGUCAAAAUGGAGGGUUGGCGUCCCACAUGGCCCCCUCUGAUCUCGACACCCCGGGCUCACUCAGCGACACUCCAAGCGGCCCCCCGCGGGGGGCGCCCGGCCUGCACGGCAUCGGCUCUGAACCUCUCAUCUGAUCGCGCCCUGGGAUUUCCGAGGGGAUCGAGAUCCCCCCUCCCUCAAGGAGUAUCGGGCAUGGAGUGCGCAGGGACUCAAGAUUUCCAGGACUAUGAGACCCCCCCCCUGCCUAUUGGCACAGGGGUCUCCAGGAUGCGACCUUGAGAUAUGUGGACCUCAUGGGGGCUCAAGGUCUCUAGAACUAUGGGAUGCACAGACACCCCCCCCCCCACCAGGACUUAUGGUUCCCAUGGGCACGAGACCCCCAGAGAGACCCCCUCACCAGACCUCACGGGACCACUGCGGUGCAUGGAAUGUGGUUGCUACUUGGGAGAGUAAAGAUGGAGAAGAGAGUGCGGCCUGGUGCGGACUGCACAGACCAACAGCCAGCGCUCUCUUGACUGGAAGCUCGUGAGGGAUGAGAGUAGAGCUGGAACAUCUGAUUAUUUAAGUAGUCGAUUGUUGUGCCUGUUAUGGGGCAAACUGCACAACUAAUCGGAAAAUAUUUGAUGAAAAAAAAGUCUCACCACUGUUUCCGCGUGUGCCGCGAGACGGGAGGCGAUGUGCGGGAAUUGAUGCUCGUUAUCCACAUCGUCAGUGAGUCACGCUGGGCGUGGCUUGUCGGGGGGGCUUCCCACCUUUGGGAAGGCGGCAUGUCGAGGCAGCUACCGUUUUUAAAAGAGGCCCAAUUAAUCGACCACAACAAAAAGUAGUCGAUCGUAAUUUUAAUCGGGUUCGUCGACUUAGCCCACUGUCAUCCCAGGGGCGCGUUCAGCGGGCCAGAGCGCUCUGCCGAACGGUGUGUUUGCAGCUCUUUUUUUUAAUUGUGGAGAAAAUUGCACAACUCGCUUGGUUCGUUGGGUGGUCGUGUCAGAAUGUUUCGAGAUGGUAGACAUUCACGACCAAUCAGACCUUGAAACGAUUCGACACGCCCAACCAACGCCCAACCAACGCUCAGCGAGGCAGAUCCUCAGACUGUUAACCCCUAUUAUGAUGCCCUGUGGGCUAACAGGUCCUUCGGUAGGAGAGCGCUGUUGAGCGCUCGCCCCAAGGAAUGCACCCCAGCUCGAGAUGGCAGCAUCUCGCACGCGUUUGCUGGUGUUUGAGAGAAGCCCCAUCUUUAGAGUUUAUAAUUACUUGUGCCAACUUUAGCCACAGAAGUGUGCGCGUGUGUUUUUAAGGGAAGGGUUAUGCUGCUACGUUGACCCAAGCGACAAGGGCUCCGACCGGCCACGACCUCCGGACACUUUGGAUAUUUAAGUUCAUCGGCACUGACUCGGCCGGUGUAAAAGUCAACUCCUGUUAAUGGCUCCUUCGGGUGGUGGCAUAGUGCUGUUGGCACACUUGAGGCUACCCGCUUUAAAAGCUGCUGCUUUUAAGGACUGGGCAGAUGAGAUGUCAUCCUUCUCACAGCUCCAUUGGGGAGCCUGAGGAGCAGGAAUCCUUGUGGAGAAGGGGACGUUAUGAAGCAGAGGACCCCUUGGAGAGGCCCUACCCUGUCCCUGCGUCACUCCGUCCACACUGUUAUGAGUUGCAAAAAUAUAUAUCCGUAACAAACACUAAAUCCAAUUUACCUCUCGCUAGGGCUGUGACUCCUAGUCACGUGUCACCACCUCUAGUCUGCAAGCAGCUUGGAAAAUAUUUUGUGAGAAAUGAAGCCCUGUAAUGAUGUGAUGAUGUCAUGUGAAGAGAAUAAAUUAUGAUGUUUUGUAAA